CCAGACUCAGAAUCCUUCUCUCUCUCAGACUCAUUCAUCUCUCUGCAGAGGACCACCAUCAUGACUCCAACUUUCCUCUUCCUCCUCAUCCUCUCACUGACGGAUGUUUCUAUGAGUGCACCGAUUGACAGUGAAGAUCAAACAGGCCAAUCGAUGGACAUCAUGCUAAGACCCCAAACUGACCCAAAGCCACCUGUGUUGGAGGAUGACAUUGCUUUGCCGGAUACUUCCAGCAGGAACGCAGACCCAUGCACUGCCAAAGGCUGCAAGUGGCCUAAAACUGGACGCUACGUCUAUGUGCCUUACUACAUCUCUACUAACUACACUUCUAAAGAGGCUAACAUCAUAAUGAAAGGUCUGCAGAGCUUCAAUAAGUCCACCUGCAUUCGCCUUGUCCCGUGGAAACCAGAUGAUCGUCAUUUCCUCUCCUUCGAAAGUAGAGAUGGGUGCUGGUCCAAAGUGGGUCGUCAAAAAAAGGGACAAAUUAUCUCGCUGGAAAAAAAGGGCUGUUUGUCCAACCACACAGUGCAGCAUGAGGUUCUUCACGCUCUGGGCUUUAAGCAUGAGAUCAGCCGCUCCGACAGAGACGAAUAUGUCAAGAUUCUCUUCGAGAACAUUAAGCCAGGAAAGGAAAGUAAUUUUAAAAAAGUGGAGACAAACAACUUGAGGACCCCCUAUGACUUCAAAUCUAUCAUGCAAUAUAAAAAGUACGCCUUCUCCAAAAAUGAGAUGCCAACCAUUGUUGCCAAGUCUGAUCCGAAUCUUGACUUUGGACACGCCAAGCAAAUGAACAAAAACGACAUUAUUCGUGUCAACAGGCUCUAUAACUGCUGCUCAAAGAAAACACCCUGUACAAUUUCCAACUGAAUCACUUGUGCUGUUACUUGUGCUUCAGACUUCUGACUGGAUUUAAUUGCUUUCUCUCCUUCAAGCAGAGCAUAAAUGGUCAGCUUCUAAAUACCUCACUUACAGGGAAACUGGUGGAUGAUGAGCGUAU